AUAUCUCACCUUUCGUAAUUGUUCCGUAACGACUUUUGUUUUAGUGCUUUUACUACUUUUCCAAUCGUAAUCAAACAAGUGUGAUUCAAUUCUUAUAAGAAGUAAAAGUAAUACCUAAGUACUGUACAGGCAUAUUUGAGUUUUAGGUUGAAUAUUAAUAGAUACCCUAUUUUAAAUAGUCUGUUGCCUGCGUUGGUAAUUAUUAUAUCUUCUUUCAAGCUACAUCAAUAGCUAAAAGUCGUCAUGGGCAUAAAAGUAAAAGUCAAAGAACAACAGCUAAAUUCAUUCCUGAAACUCACAUGUAUUAUUGGCAUUUCUGAUGGACCUAAUAUGAAAUGUGUAACAGAUCAGUUCAAUGUUAAUGAUUUGGUUUCUGUACGUUUGAACUUUGCUUGCAAUGGUAUGGGAUCUCCCCUUGUAUGUAGUAUUUUAUCAUGGAACCUUAAAACGGAUGAUGAGUGUAAAGUCAAAGUGAAAGUUUCUUGUCAAGAAACUGACAUACCAUUUUAUUCAGAAUGGGUGUGUGAUAAGAAAUGGAAAAGAAUAGGAGAGAGAUUGUCUUCUGAUACAAUAUUAGACGAUGUCUAUAUAAAUGUUAUUAAUAUUAAUAUAACUACUUGUAAGGUGGAAGAAUCUCGCCUUACGAAAAUUUAUAAUGAUGUUGAUUUCACUGAUUUUAACUUAAGUGCAGUUGAUGGUAGUGUGGCCAUCCACAGAACAUUCCUUGCAGCCCACAGUGAUGUGUUCCGAGCAAUGUUAAGGAAUGAGUGGAAGGAGGCAAAUGAAGGCUGCGUGCAGAUAGAAGGAGUCACUCGGCAGACCCUCCAGCACUUGAAAGACUACAUGUACCUCCGUACUUUGCCUGAUGAAGGCCUGGAGCCUUUGCUAUUGCUAGCUUCUUACUACCUAAUGGAUGAUCUGAAAGAACAGUGUGUCUCUAAGCUGGCUCUCAAUUGUACAUUAAAAGAUUGGAGCAGACUUUUAGAAUUUGCCGCAGUUAAUAAAAUAUCUGAAUUAAUCAGCGGUCUGAUGCUGACAACCCAACCAACAGCUGUUCAAAAGCAGAAGGGGAAGGACCUUGAAGAUAAGCAAUAGUACUUACAUAAUGUUGGAGACAAUCAUUUCCAUAUGUUAUAAGAAUUUAAAUAUAAGGAAUAGUAAAUUAUGUCGGAAACAAUAAUUUUAUGUGCUAAACAAUUACUUAUUCACAAACUUAAUAUCUUUGACUUUGACUUUUAGAAUUUGCCGCAGUAAAUAAGAAUUAAUCAGCGGCCUGAUGCUCACUCACUGAACAGUUGUUCAAAAGCAGAAGGGGACGGUCCUUGAAGAUAAGGAAUAGGUAGUACAUUACAUUGGAGACAAUCAUUUUCAUAUGUUAUUAGAAUUUAAAGAUAGGAAUAGUACAUUAUGUUGGAAACAAUAAUUUUAUAUGCUAAAGAAUUACUUGUUCACAAACUUAAUUGUCUUAAUUUUAUAAUUUAGUAUGACUUAACAGUGUGCUUGCUUAUUAUUAAUACAUAACACAUU